AUGGCCCCUCGCUCACAGCUAGAGAUUGUCACAUCCUCCGUGCUCCGCCUGGUCAAGGAGGAGGCCUCCUACCAUAAGGAGCUUCAGCAGCAGACCGAGCGUGUGAAGAAGCUCGAGGCCGAAACUGGUGGCGAUGAUGAGAACCGCGAGUAUACUAUUAAGCAGGAGCAUGCGGCACUUGAGGAGACUAGGAAGGUCUUGCCCAGCUUGAAGCAGCAGAUUGUCCAGACUGUCUCCAACUUGCAAGCUUUGAUCACCGAGGAGGGCAAGAAGGGCAUGGAUAGUAACGUCGAGCACAUCACUGCCGCCAAAGAAGCCAUUGCCAAAGCUAAGACGGCCGAGCGAGAGAUCUCGUAA